GGAUCGUCCCCAUCUCGCCGUCACUGCCCCUCCACCACUCACCCCGGCUUGAAUACCCCACGGAGCUCACCUCUCCACCCAAACCCAAUCCAUCCAAACCCAUUUCCCUCCCUCCCAUCCCGCCCCUCUUCCACUUGCUCCUCCGCCGCCGGUGAUCCACAUCGCCGCGGAGCAGCCAUGGCGUGCUCCCACCUCUCCACCGCCUGGUCCUCCUCGGCGCUCGCCAGCACCUCCACCCGCCGGCGGUCCAGCACCCCCAACCCCCGCUCCGGCGGUCUGGUGGUGCGGUGCUCCCUCCGCGAGCUCCGCGGCCGCAUCGACUCGGUCCGCAACACGCAGAAGAUCACGGAGGCCAUGAAGCUCGUGGCCGCCGCCAAGGUCCGCCGCGCGCAGGAGGCCGUGGUCUCGUCCCGCCCCUUCUCGGAGGCCCUGGUGGAGGUGCUCUACAACAUGAACCAGGAGAUCCAGACGGAGGACAUCGACCUGCCCCUCACCCGCACCCGCCCUGUCAAGAAGGUGGCGCUCGUCGUGCUCACGGGGGAGCGCGGCCUCUGCGGCAGCUUCAACAACAACGUGCUCAAGAAGGCGGAGACCCGCAUCGACGAGCUCAAGCAGCUCGGCCUCGAGUACACCGUCGUCAGUGUCGGCAAGAAGGGCAACGCCUACUUCGUGCGCCGCCCCUACAUCCCGCUGGAGCGUCAGCUGGAGGUGGCCAGCGUGCCCACCGUCAAGGACUCGCAGACCAUCUGCGACCUCGUCUACUCCCUCUUCGUCUCCGAGGAGGUGGACAAGGUGGAGCUGCUCUACUCCAAGUUCGUCUCCCUCGUGCGCUCCGACCCUAUCAUCCAGACGCUGCUGCCCAUGUCCCCCAAGGGCGAGAUCUGCGACGUCAACGGCAUCUGCGUCGACGCCACCGAGGAUGAGCUCUUCCGCCUGACCACCAAGGAAGGGAAGCUCACCGUGGAGCGCGAGAAGGUCAAGAUCGAGACGCAGCCCUUCUCCCCCGUCGUGCAGUUCGAGCAGGACCCCGUCCAGAUCCUCGAUGCGCUCCUCCCGCUCUACCUCAACAGCCAAAUCCUGCGCGCGCUCCAGGAGUCGCUCGCCAGCGAGCUCGCAGCCCGGAUGAGCGCCAUGAGCAGCGCCACCGACAACGCCAUCGAGCUCCGCAAGAACCUCUCCAUCGCCUACAACCGCCAGCGCCAGGCAAAGAUCACAGGGGAGAUCCUCGAGAUCGUCGCCGGAGCCGACGCCCUCACCGGCUGAGCCCUCCUCGUGCUGCUGCCUCCUACUCCUCCUUGUGUGCUUGACUGAGCCGGUGGUGGUGUUCGUGGUGCUGCACUGCUGCUAUAUAUAAUUCUUUUUUCUCCUUUUUUGGUCUGUGUCUGUAAUUCCUGAUAGCACAAACAAAACGGAGUUCUGUGUUCCAUGCUCGUCGUGACGCCGCCCUCCCCUCGCGAGAUGCACAAGAAUUUCAUUUCAAUUCAGAGAUGUCAAAUGUAUAAUCCGAGUAUUUUAUCUUGAAAUCUUUGCCUUGACCCGUAUGAUAUAUAAUCCGAGUAUUUCAUCUUGAAA